GGCAACAUCCACUUAGUGACUCACUAUAAUACAGGAAGCAGAGCUACAGAAGACAGCAAAACAACAGCUGGUAUAGGCAUCACCCAGGGCCCACUCCUGAACUCUCACCUACUGCUCAUAAUGAGAAGGAAAAUGCAUGCCAUCCUGAGUGGAGCAUAUCUGUUGUUGUGGGCAAAGGUAGUACUGGGCGAUGGCACUGACGCUUGCGGGAAACGUCCACUGGUAGAUACACUUGGAUCCCGUAUUAUAGGUGGCCAUGAUGCACUUCCAGGAGCCUGGCCAUGGCAGGUUAGCCUUCAGCAUUUGAGUUCUGGAUAUGGCUAUAAACACUCAUGCGGUGGAUCCCUUAUUCACAAGAUAUGGGUGAUGACUGCUGCUCACUGCUUCAGAGAAAGACGAAAUCAAAGGUACUGGAGAGCAGUGUUUGGAGUUAUUGAUAUUUUACUUCCCGAAAACACAAAGCAAAUAUCUGAAAUCAAACAAAUUAUUUACAGAAACUUUGACCCUAAAACUAUGGAUAAUGAUCUUGCUUUGUUGGAGUUAGUAAAUCCAGUUAUAUAUACAGAUUAUGUACGACCAGUCUGCUUGGCAACACAGGAACUACAGGUAGACCCAUUUGCACAAUGCUUUAUAACUGGAUGGGGGACAACUUCUUCUGGAGGUAAAAUAUCAACUAUAUUGCAGGAGGCACAAAUAGAUAUAAUUCCUACAUCACUCUGUAACCAUAGCGGAUGGUAUAAUGGGCUUCUUACUGACAAUAUGAUCUGUGCUGGCUUUGAGGACGGGGGAGUCGACACUUGCCAGGGAGAUAGUGGAGGACCUUUUGUCUGUUAUAUAGCAGAGCAUGCAAGCUUUUACCAGUUUGGGAUCACAAGCUUUGGCUAUGGCUGUGCUGAAGCCCAUUAUCCUGGAGUCUACACACAAGUGAAAAAUUAUAACUGGAUGGUAAUGCAAAUGAAGAAUAUUGCAAAUCAUAUAGAUGGUGGGAUCCAUGGUACAAGAGGUUUGGGAAGUGCGGUCAUGAUUUGUGUUAUGAAUGUGAUUGGAACAUUAGCCGUUUUAUCAUUGAUGUAAAAUAAAUAUGCACGAGGUAAACUGACCAGACACCUUAGAAGAAGGAGCUGGCAUCAGCUGUAACCUUCCUAAUGUCCCACCACCCCUAUAUAGUAGGUAAAUAGCUCUCUUAAUGCAAGUGUUGUUACUAAAGCCAUUGACCGGUUCCUUUUAAAGGAGACUUAUCACUUUCAUGCCGCUCGAACAAAUCACUCAAGGCAGGGCAGGCAGAAGCCUCUGGGGACCGCCCCAUGACUAAUUAUUCAGGCAACAAUGAAGGUGACGACAAGGAAAGGCUAAGUUUCCACUUGGAUUUUUUCUGGCAGUUUUUGGAAAACUGCCACUACAGUGUGAGUGUAUUCAAAAGGAAUAGGACUUCUAAAGGAAGGACUUACACUUCUCCUCCCUUAUGGAUCCACUUCUGGCUUUGGCUCAAAAACUGCAGUGGCAGAUCUCCAAAAACUGCCAGAAAAAAAACCAAGUGGAAACUUAGCCUUAAAGGACAUCUGCAGCGUUACAAACACUUAUCCCCUAUCCUCUCCUCAAGAUAGGGGAUAAGUGUUUGAUCGCGGGGGGUCCGAACGCUGGGGCCCCCGGCGAUCUCCUGUACGGGGCAGCGGCUCUCCCUUGCAGGGGGCAUGCCAGCCGCAGCAUGACGUUGCGGCCGACACGCCUCCUCCAUACAUCUCUAUGGGAGAGGCGGGGAGGCAGUGUUCGUGCCUCCCUGUCUCACCCAUAGAACUGUAUGGGGACGGGGGAGGAGACAGGGCGUCACCGUUGACCUCUAGGUCGACGCUACGUCACCAUGAGCGCUCAUGGCGGCGCCCCGUUAGGGAGAUCGGGAGGGGGGGGGGGUAGGGCAGUCAAACUCCCCCCGCGAUCAAACACUUAUCCCCUAUCCUGUGGAUAGGGGAAAAGUGUAAUGCCGCUGCAGUUGUCCUUUAAGGUGAUUACUUAUUUCCCACAAUUGGUUUAAGUUUUUUUUUGUUUUUUUUUACUUUUCAUAAUUUAAAGAGGUAUUCCAGGGAGAUUUUUUUUCUAAAGAUAAGGGGGGAUAAGAAAGAUGGAGCUCAGGACUAGAAGAAAUAAGGUUCAGCUUCCGAGUCCAGGGCCCCCCAUAAUACUUUGGGUUCCUCAUGCAGUGCCCAACUUACCAAUUAUUAUAGGAGAUGGGCUUCUAUAUAAAUAGUUCUGGUUAACACAAACAACUGCUGGAAAAUAUGCCUAAAACAGAACUCAUUAUAAACCUGCAAUAGAUUUUAUUGUUAAAGUGCUGAGAUGCAAAGACACAGCAAAGACAUGUUAGUUCUGGUUUCACAAGUUUUUUUGUUUGUUUUGUUUUUAUCAAGUUUUGCACAUGAAAGAAUAAGAAAAAUAAAACAUAACAGUGUUAACUAUUAAUCUAUAAAUUCACUUGUUUAGGAUAUUAGUUCAUGAUUGCACAAAGGAAUUGAAUUGUUUUCUGUAGUUGCUAUCCGCUUUAAAGUCAAUAAAGUUUAUUAAAAUGAACACUUGCAAAUAUGUAAUCUACACACUGCACCGAUUCUGCUACCAGAAGAUCUUGAGGACUAUACAAUGUUUCUAGAGCAGUGUUUCCCAACCCAGUCCUCAAGGCACACCAACAGUCCAGGAUUUUAAUUUUUCCCUGUGCUAUUCCAAUGGAGUAACUGAAAAAACCGGGAAUGUUGGUGUGCCUUGAGGACUGGGUUGGGAAACACUGCUCUAGAGCAAGGCCUGGAAGAAAUUUACACAUAGACGCUAAUAUAUAGGUUAACAAACAGUACAUCCCAUGAAGCUGAGGACUUCCAAGUCUCCUUAUGAGAACGGAAUCCCUGCAGAAAGUAUACUAGGAGCAGAAAGGCUUAAAAUCAGCUUUAUUUACAAUUAACAAAACAACCUCCUUGAAUCUGGUUGUCACUUACACCUCAUUCACAUAAGCAAGUUUAAAUACCUUGGUAUUGACUAAAAUGGUCACUGUUAUGUCAAACAGCUUCCUACCAUAUGAUUCCUAACAUUUUUCUAAGGCUGCAUUCACAUCUUGUUUUUACGUUACGGGUGCCUGAUGGGCUGGGCAAACGGGGCUCUCCCGUACCCCAGCUGGACCAGCGCUGA